AUGCUGUCAUCGACACGCCGUCGCACGUUAUCACGUAACGACGCCAAGACGUUCCCACUGCCGGAUGACUUCUUCCCGGAAGUCCAGCUCACGGACGUACAGAUUCAGAGCUAUGAAACGCAGGUCGAGGAAAUCGUCCGAAACGCGUUAGAGGAAUACGAACAACACCAAGUCCAACCAAUAUACAGUGCACCGUGGGCGCUUCUUGGUACCGACGGUCCCUUGACCGCUAUUCGUAAGGAAUCAUCCGAGGAGCUCUCGAACAGCGAGUUUCGUCUCUAUGGAUGCAUCCACGGCAACUUUCAAACCUUUAUGGAGUACCACUACGCUGAGACGUCUCAGGAGCAUUUCGAGUGCAGUCAGUUCAUGUACGGCUACGCGGUGGACGCUGUCGUGCUCAAGAACAUUCACACGCGAGAAUCAAACAAACCACAUGACUACAUGGGCAUCAAGUGGACGUGUCUGCAGCCGUCAUCAUUCGGCCACAAGCGGGACAAUUGCUUUCUAGAAUACCUAAGGUACACUACCGACAAGCUCGGCCGUAAAGUGGGCGUCCGUGUGACGCUCCCCGUGGAGAUCAACGAAUGCCCCGAUCUGCACCACUCGCUGAGAAUCAGACGGAUGAAGGCUCAAAGCGUCUGCAUCGUCCGCCCGGCAGGUUCAUCGGCAGACGCCACGCAGCUGUUUCUCAUGAGCAAAAAUGACUUCGCCGGUCUCUCACCGAGCGCCAAGAACUUUAAAAAGUUCAUGCGCAUUUACAACGACAUGUCUCUCAUUGUCGACUCGAAGCACAUUCUGAAGCAAGGAAUUGUGGGCAAAGCGAAGUGGGUGGCAAACGACGAGCGCAGAGCUUGCACGAGAUGUCAGCUCCCGUUUAAUACUGCAACGCGUCGCCGGUCGCAUUGCCGGCUUUGCGGUGAUGUCUUUUGCCGCCACUGCGUGAUCCUUCGCAAUGUGCCGCGCGAGGACGGCGGUAUGAACAAGUCACGCGUCUUUCAACUAGCGAAGACGCACUUUUGCAUGACGUGUGUAUCAAGCGUCCGUCAAGAAGGUAAUGACGCGCUGCAAAUGUUAACGUCGGAGCUCGUCUGUGCGUCUUUGACGACGCGUGGCGGGAGCGUCGAUAAGAGCCUCAGCUAUGACAUAAAGGCCCCGAAAUCUUGCAAAGCCAUGACCACUGCCAUGGAGGAGAGCAACUCUGUACAGCAGGAGUGGUGGAACGACCUGGUGUCGUACAACACGUCCGAGUCGGAGUGGUCCGAAACGGAUUCGGAGGACGCGAGUAAAGCGUCAUUCAAUGUCUCGGGCCUUUCGAAAUUGGCGAGCUCGUUGUCCUCGUCCCAGUCGUCAUGGACGACGUCUCAUAGUGAUAACAACACUGAAAAUUACGUGGACCAUGACCACAGUAUGUCGUUCAUAGCGACGCUGGAUGUCAUCGAUGACGAUGUGGCGAUUCUCGAUGAGGAGCCGCAGAACCGCAAGCUUCAGCUUCGAAAAGAGCUCGCCAAAGCGCAGCAGAUGUCGACGAGACAGCGACGUCUGUCACCGAAGCAAGAGCUGACUCCUCGGAUGUCGAUCGAUGACUUCCUGGAGGUCACUGAAGUCGUUGACACGACCGACAUGAUAUCGAUCUCGGAGCUAAGAAGGCAGUCAUGUGCUCAAACCGCAGGCAGUGCGAUCCCUGUGCCAACGGGGCAUAGUGAACAGACGACACUUUUGAGCCCGAGCGGCUUGGACAUUUGUCUUAGCCGGGACGACCCGACCACUCGAUUUCGCACGUCUCGCUCGAUAAGUCAGUGCCUCGCAGAGCAGGAGGAGCUUCUACGGCGCAUUCUGAGUGCCAGUCGAGGUCACUCGAGCUCUGGCGUGGGCUCGAAGCGUAUAUCGAGCAAGCCCAUGAACGUGGACUUGUCGGCGACGAUGCCCCCUAGUAUUCGACUGUACCAGUGCUAA